AUGGUGCGCUGGUUGUACCUGUCCGGGCUCGUGCUGGCCGCGCUCGUCCCGCCGGGGCUCCAGGAGCUUCCCGAGCCUUUGGAUGGCGCUUCCAGCUGGAAAUCCUUGGGAUCGCGGAGCAUCCAGAGCUUCCCUUCCAGCGCCAAGAGACACUCGGAGGGCACUUUCAGCAGCGACUUCACUCGGUACCUGGACAGGAUGAAAGCCAAGGAUUUCGUGCACUGGCUCAUCAACACCAAGAGGUGCCGGGAAAAGGGGAGGGGGAGGGGAAAAAAAACCGGGAAUCGACCCGGGAAACGAUCUGGGAAAGGAUCUCCCACCACGCAAAUCCCGGUCCAGGAGGAGACUGAAGAAAACCCGGAGAAGAGAAAAUCCAGGGAGAUUUUGGAGACUUUUCCAGGCUUCCCGGAGCAGACCAUCCCACCAUGA